AUGAGGGUGGCGAUUGACAAGUGGGGAUCACCAGCAAUGGUAGACUUGUCAAACUCAGUGAGGAGUGUCAGGUCCGGCCACCUGGCACCGCACGGCGCCACCGUCGUGCAGGAGGGCGACAACCUGCGGCUGCGCUGCUCCGCGGCGGGCUCCCCGCAGCCCACCAUCGAGUGGCGGAAGGCCGACGGCUCGGCCAUCCCCAUCGGCUCCUGGCAAGCUGUUUCAGUAACUGGCCAUUCACUAAACAUAACACGAGUGAAUCGGAAGCAUAUGGGUGUCUACCUCUGCAUAGCAGAUAAUGGUAUACCACCAGCAGCCAAUCUCACAGUUGCAGUGGAAGUUCAAUUUCCACCACUCAUUGUCAUCCAGAACCAACAGAUAGGUGUUUCUAAUGGUUCUACAGCUGUUUUGGAAUGUGAUAUUGAGGCCUGGCCUGAACCCGUUCGCUAUUGGGAAAGAGCAGAUGGCCGUUUCAUUGAGCCCAGCGAUAAAUACCAUAUGGAAUUCAUUGAAUCUAAGUAUAAACCUUACAAAACACGAAUGGUUCUCAAUAUAACACGAGUUGGACCAUUAGAUUAUGGAUAUUAUCAUUGUAUUAGCAAGAAUGAAAUAGGCAUGACAAAAGGAAAUUUUCAAGUUCUUGGUGUGGAUCCAACAAUGGUGACUUCUCCUCCUCUGCAAGGAAGAGUAUAUGGUCCUACACCUCCUCCUGAUGUGGACCUUGAUGAUCUUUGUCCUCCCCCAGUGACUUGUCCUGAAUGUCCUGAGGUAAAAUGCCACGAUGGAGGAAUAUCACUCUUCAAUCUGGCCAGCCGAAUGGAAAUAAGACCAUUUGAGAAUGUUACAAUGCUUGGUCUUCCCAAUAGAACUAUGGAUUGCCAGUUGUAUGCUGUAGGAAAACCUGUGUAUCAUCGUUACACUGAUGCUGUAUAUGGUAGCUGGAUGCGUGAUCCACUGCCUCGACCAGAACACAACGCUGAAAAAUUCUGGGUAACCAAUGAGAGUGACCCUUACCAUCUUUAUGAAUUUGAUAAUAAAUCUUCAUACCGAAAAGACAAUGCAACAAGACGAUAUAAGCUUGAUAAAGCAUUUAAGGGCAAUGCACAUGUUGUCUACAAUGGAUCAUUUUAUUAUAAUGAACGCGACAAACCCCACAUCAUAAAAUUUGAUUUGCUAACAGAAGGAACUCAUCAAAUGCAAGUUCCUCUUGUCGCAACUAAUGGAAGUAAUUAUCUCUAUACAACAGAGUAUAAUUACAUGGACUUUUCAGUUGAUGAUAAUGGAUUGUGGGUGAUAUAUGGUCUUCCAUCUAACAACAACACAAUUGUUAUGAAAGUGGAUUCAUACUCACUCAAAAUUCAGUAUAUAUGGAAUAUUAGUAUUAAUCAUCAUAAAGUUGGAGAAAUGUUUGUAGUAUGUGGUGUUUUGUAUGCAGUAAACAGUGUUACUGAUAGAAACACAAAAAUACUGUUUGCUCUGGACCUUUACAAACGAAUUCUAUUAGAUGUGAAUCUCAAUUUUACAAAUCCUUUUCGUAGAACUACAAUGAUUGGAUACAACCACAGAAAUAAGGAACUGUUUACUUGGGACAAGGGUAAUCAGUUAACGUACCCUGUCCGAUACCAUGAGAUUGGAUACAAUAUGACAUCCACCAGCAAUGAGGAAAGAGGUGACACAAGCAGCGACACAAGUUCGUAGGUCUGAGUGUAGACUACCAGGUCUGCACUGAUGAAUGACUCAUUGUAUACCAAUGUUUCUCAACCUCUAACUGAAAAACGUGAUACAGGCAAGAGAAUUUGAACUAUAUUUUCCAAGACUAAUUUUUGAAAUGUAAACUUAUUGAUGGAGAGCACAUGAAGGAUACACAUACUGAUGUAUGUUAAGAGAAAAAUUUUACAAGGAUGUGAAAAGAUUUUGUUUAUAAUACUUAUGUACUUCUCAAUAGUAUAUUUGUACUUUAUUAUGUGUAUAUUUAUAAUUUUUAUGGUCAGUAGAAUAAAGUAUAUUAGAAUGUAGAAUUUUUCUCUGUCUGUACAUAAAAACUUUUGAUAAGUAGAUGGGCAGCAGAAAAUUUUGUAAGGUAGAUAGAAAAGGAGGCUGAGAAACACUGAUGUACAUGUUGCCAAUCUUGUGCCUGGAGCCCUACAGCACCGUGUGUGUUCAGACAUCUUCUGCGUUGCACCUGCCAUUAGAGGCAAUUUCCCUCAUAUAUCGAGAAUGAUCUAUCCAAACCAAAAAUGAAGUAAGACUUACAAUGUCUUUUAGAAUGUACUUUUCAUGAAGAUGUAUUUAAUUUCUUCAGCACUUCCAAAGUGCCUCAUUACACUUCUACUUCAUACUCAGACCUAAAAUGUGUAAGUGCAUAUUCCAUUAAAUGUCUUGGAGAAUCAGUGUCUCUGGAUCAGAAAAUAUGUUAGUGUUACGUACCUGAGCAGUUGCUGUGGUGGCUGAAACUAUGCUGGACUUAUAUACCCAAGGGUGUAGAGCUUACAUGAGACUCAAGAUCACUACAUGUGGUUUUACCUUUGCCUUUCAAAAGUAGUGAGUAAACAUUUAAGUGUGAGGUUUAUAUUGUUUUUAAUGUUUGACUAACAUAUCUUAACCCAGCCUUACACUCUCGAUACUAUGUAGAAAAUAUUUGUGAAAAAAUUUCCUAUUAGGAUAUACCUGAAGUUUUUGACUGAUGGAGGGCAGAAAAUUGAAAUUUUUAAAUAAAUAUUUACUUCCAGCUUGGAAUAAAUUAUAACAAUAAUUGUUUUAAGUAAGGCUCCUAAAAUUAAAAUAAUGAAUUAUGUCUCUUCUGAAAGUUCUUAAGCACAGCAAGAUGACAAUAGACAGAUGCAAGACUUUGAUGUAGUAAAAAUGAUUUUGUAUUUUAGCUUUUGUUUCACCCCAUCAUUGACUUGGUUUCAUUCAAACCAUUCCAUCUUUGUGAAUUUCGUUUUAUUUUUGAGUAUCAUAUAUGUAAGAUGUACAGAUUUUGUGAUGAAAUUUUUUUAUGAUAAAUAAAAUAGUCUUACAGAACUUGAAUUCAUUUUGUGUACAAACUUAAUGAAAAAUUUAAUAUAGAAAUGUACGAUCCUGCAGCUCAACCUUCCAUGAAAAAAUUUGCAUUGAAGAGUCUACCUUGCGUCCUGAUUUAUUUUUCAGUGUUUUAGAAACAAUUUCACCAACUUUUCAAAAAGGUUAUUGUUGAAACUGCCCAAUUACUAAUCAACAAAUACAAUAAAUUUGACAAUAUAAUCAUCUUUUAAACAUAUUCAGCCCGUUUUGCUUAUGUAGCUUGAAGAAAUUAAAUAAAGAUGUCAAUCCUCAUUUUAAUAAUUGGGAAUUCUGAUGGUUGAAAAAAUUAAGUGUAGUAAAGUCCUGAGAGUAGUAAAAAUUAAAAUUACUGUGCUAAUUUGAAUACUUACAUUUUUUAAAUACAUCUUGCUUUCAACAAAAUAUCAGUGCUUUACUUUAAGUUAAAACUGUUAUGCAGUACAUUUUCUAUGAACAAUUGCCAUAUGUUGAAAAUGUUGCAAGUGUAUAUGCUCUGGAGGAGAGCGCAUCACUAAUUUUGCUAUUAUUUCUUAAGAUUUAAAACAUUACCUUCCAAUCAUGGAUGUGGAUAGACCAAAAUAUUUCAGCUAAUGUGUAUUGUGCGAUGGAAAAAGGAACUUUCUGUAUGUACCAAAUUAAAACAAAUUAAUUGUUUCUUAUAAUUAAUGUGACUAAUCCUGACAGUUAAAAGUGAUUAAUAAAAAUUUCAUUUUGAAUGCCUCUUGAGGUCUUUUUGGUUUGAUAAAUCAAAGUUUUUGUAAUGCAGGAGCCCUAUAUUCAAUAGAGUAAUUAAGCUAUUUAGUUGCUUUUAGAAAACUCGAAAUUCUUUGGGUUUAAAAUUUUGAGUUGAUCUUUCAACUUAUCUUUCAGUUCACCAAUAAAAAUUAAAAUCACUCUUGUUUUAUAUCCUUAAAGUACAUUGUGUUAAACGUUUGAUGGCACGAUAAGUGUUUAGUUUCAAUACUGGUUAUUCACAAACUGAAUAAUGGUUCAUGAAUGUCUCAACUUGAAGUUAUCUAUCAUUUUGUUAUUCUUUUGCUUAUAGCAGUGAAUGUUAUCUCCUCCAAGAGAAAUAAAAGAAAAUAUGAGAAAUUUAUUAUUGCAUUAUUGUGCGUCUUGUAGGUGCCCUUUUAGCUCAUAAGAACCAGUCUUCUUAAAGUUGUAUGGAAAUAGAGUAAAACAAAAGCAAACAGACUUUUGACUCCUUGAAUUUUAUUCUUUCUACUCUUACUAACAUAAUUUAUUAAGUCUGUAUGCAUCAUAUUUAUGUUGAGUAACUGGAGCGAGAUAGAAGCUUUUGGUUGUUUUGGUUAGAUUUAUAUUACAUAGUUGAGAGAUGAGUUGAUAAAAAGAUUUGACAAAUGAAACACCACCUUUGGCAAUAAAAAAUUAAGAACUGAAUGGUUUGCAUUAAAAUCAC